AUGAGCAGCGAGCUGUCUCCCACCCUAGGCGGCCUCGCAUCGGACUACAGUGCCUCGCCGUCGUCGGGGAGCCAGAGGAGAGAGAGGGGGGCAAUUGCCGCACAGGCGUGCGACACAUGCCGAAGUCGGAAGCAGAAAUGUGAUGAGCAGCGGCCGACUUGUGGCACGUGCCAGAAGUUCGGUCUCGAAUGCAAUUAUCGCCAGCCUCAACCGACCAAAAAAGACAAGACCCUGGCGGAGAUACUAAACCGUAUCAAAAGCCUCGAGGGCAAAAUUGAUGACCUGAGUAUGCGGGCCCUGUUCCCCGCGACGACCGUAUCGACCGUUUCGACCGCGGGCACGUCUGCUUCUUCUGGUCCAGUCACUUUUGGACAAGCCGGCCCACUGGGGAAUCCCAUCUACCAUGUCCCUCCUGGCACGUCGAACACAGUGCCCCAAAGCGAGGACCAUUACAAGUACGUCCCGUCGGUUCACCAGAUGCUUGGAUGGCCGAUCUUGCAGCAGGUUCUCGAUUCGAUCCAGCCAAAAACAGGCGUAGAUUUUUCCAAUGUCGCACGAGAUGGGCCAGCAAUGCUUCUCGGGCUGCGGGAGAAUAGCCAACGGCUACGUCUAGAGGCCGACGGGGCACAUGCUCACGAUCUCCCCCACGGCUUGCCGAUGGAGGGGGAGGGCGCUACGUCCUUCACCAUCCCAAGCUUAACCUGGGAUUCCAUGCAGCGACUGUGCAAUGCCUACUUUGAUACCUUCAACAUGAUCUAUCCGAUCCUGGAUCGGCAAUCAUUCUUGUCCGAGACCAUGACCUCGAUCGUCAGCGACGGCUUCAAUGAGGGGAUGGCAUCGACCCUGGCUCUUCUCAUCGCUGCGUUGGGAGAAGUCGCAAUUGCCGCCGUCCAUGGCGUCCCCAUCCACAUGUCCAACGGCAGACCCAGCGGGAUCAAGGGUGGGACUGCGACUCGACCCCCUGGGCUGUCUCUAUUUAACGAAGCCAGAAAAAGAAUGGGCUUCAACCUCGCUGAUUGCAGCCUCGAGAAUGUCCAGGUAUUCGCUCUGGCAGGCCUGUAUUAUGGAACUGCCUGUUGCCACAUGGAAUGUUGGAGAAUGACUAUAUCAGCAUCGCUCGCGUGUCGAGCUUUGGUUAUGAGCAACCCUGCAGAGCUAUCCUCUCCACGAGGAGACCUGGUCCGGCGAAUAUUCUGGCACUGCUUGAUCAUGGAGACGGCCCUGCAUCUUGAGCUUGGAUUACCCCUGACCGGCCUCGAAACGCUGGAGCACGUUGUCGGCCUACCCGACUUCAGCGGCCCCUUUUCCCACGAAGACUAUCUCGGAAAUGAAGGUUCGCAUUUUCAAGAACACUUUGCGUCUCAGAUCGUCCUGAGGCGUCUGGUAGUCGACUUCCAUAACAUUCUAGGCCAAGAACCUUCCACUACCGCAUCGACGCCAUUCACGCCCAGCGGCUCCCCAACGCCACCGACAGCCGUCAACCCGGCGACCAUCAAGCGGUUCGCCCUCCAGCUCGACCAGUGGCACGGCAUGCUCCCAGCCAGCCUCAGAUGGCCGGAGGACUCCCCCGGCGCCUUCCCGGGCUCCCCACCAGUAAACCCCACCUACGACGAGCCCUCAAACACGACCACGAAGUCGACCGAGACGACCACCACGACCACGACCACGACGACAACCGCCCCCCUCAUGUUCACCACCGACCUCGACGCGCCCCCAACAGCCUACCCCUACGGCCUGGACAUCCAAGCCGCCCUCCUCCGCUCGCGCUACUACCACGCCAAGUACCUCAUCCACCGCCCCUUCCUCUACAAAGCCCUCCACCACCCCGACGCCCUGACCGCCGACGACGCCGCCGGGGCCGCGACCUGCCUCCGCGCGGCGCUGCGCUGGCCCGUGACCAUGUCGCCGGCGCACUCGCGCAAGCGCCUCCUGCCCUGCCUCUUCUUCUGGACGCAGAACGCACUCGGCGUCCUCGUCGUGCUGCACCUCAGCACGUCGUCGCCGGCGCUGGCCCGCGUCCGCGCCGCGCUCUGCGGCGACCGCUUCGAGUUCGAGGCCCGCGAGACGGUCGGCCUGUGCAUCGACUGGGUGCGCGAUCUCGGCGCCGCCGACGGGGCCACGGGCUGGGCUUGGGAGGUCGUGAGGGCGUUGUAUGGGUUGGAUGAGGUGUAG